CCGGCGGACGGUCGUGGGUUGCGCUGCGCGGAGGAGCCCGCCGCUCUGGGGCGUGCAGACGAUUGUGGCGUUUUCGCGGCGAGUGCGUCGGCGGCAGAGGGCGUGCGGCCGGGCGCGGUUGCGCGAAGCGGCGACCGUCGCCGAAGGCGUGUGCGGAGUUUGUGAAUUGCGGCGAGUGAGUGGGGCCGAAAUCUUGGAAACGUUCAAGCCGCGGGAGCAAAUAAUACAACUUCAAAUGUGGCGAUUCAAGUGACAGUGACGCACCACGAAGUGCGCGGUUUGGAGCUCCGUGUGACGUCGUUGAACCGAAUGGAUGGGUUCGCUGCUCUCCGUUGAAAGGAUCUCCAUCAAACCAACGCCUGCACCAAGGCGACAGUGUGUGGCAAUGUGGGAUAGUGGAAGGCAGCGACGCAAGAUCAUGGACGUCGGCAAGCGCUAAGCCACCGUGACGUCACGAACGCCGGUGGCGCCGCCAUGCGGUCAUUCAUGCUGUGCUGCCUCCUGGCGGCGACCGCGGCGGGAGUUCAAGGAAAGCCAACGCCCGAGGGCGACCGCCAGGUGCUGCGAGUCGGAGCCCUGUUCCCGUCCAACUACUUCCUGAUGCGUCACUACCGCCGCCAGCUGCACCAGACGAUACACGAGGUGGGGAAGCGGCUGACGUACCGGGAACGGUACGAGGUGGGCACGGGAGACAUCAUGCUGGAGAUGAUGGAGUCGGGCAGCUCGCCAAUCACCAUCUUGGAGACGUUGUGCGACAAGUUCUUGCCCAACAACGUCACGGCCAUCUUCUACCUGACCAACUCGGAGCGAUAUGGCAGGAGCACGGCCUCCAGCCAGUACUUCAUCCAGCUGGCCGGCUACCUCGGGCUUCCCGUCAUCUGCUGGAACGCCGACAACAGCGGCCUAGAGCGGGAUCAGUCGGGUUCGCAGGCGCCGCUGCAGCUGCAAAUGGCGCCGACCAUCCAACAGCAGGUGGGCGCCAUGUUGUCGAUCCUGGUGCGCUACAACUGGCACCGGCUGUACGUCGUUACCAGCCAAAUUGCCGGUCACAAGGAGUUCAUUCAAGCGGCCUGGAACCAAGCGGCAGACUUCCCUGACUUCAAGUUCACGAUCAUCGGAACUCUGACGGUGGCCGAUCCGGCUACCGACCUGCCCGAGCUCAGCCAAUCGGAGGCGCGCAUCAUCCUGCUCUACUCGACGCGCGACGAGGCCGUGCACAUCAUGCGUCUCGCCACGUCGCUUGGCAUCACAGGCAAGAACUACGUCUGGAUCGUGACGCAAAGCGUGCAGGGAAGCUCGAAAGACGCUCCGGACGACUUUCCCAUCGGGAUGCUCGGCGUGCACUUCAAGACGGACGAGGAUAGCAUGAUCGCCGAGAUCGGGCGGGCCAUGGCCGUGUACGCCCACGGCCUGGAGCUGCUCUACACCGACAAGGACUCGGCCCGGCUCAGCAUGCAGCCGGCGCUCUCCUGCGUCGGCAGCGGACAGUCGCGCUGGCCGGAGGGCGAGCGCUUCUACAGAUACCUGCGGAACGUGAGCGUGCCGGAGGGCAUGCGAACCCAGCCGGACCUGCAGUUCGACGCCACCGGCGGCCGGACGUCAGUGGAGCUCACCAUUCGCAACCUGCGCUCAGAGGUCGGCCAGGGCAACGUCUGGGAGCCGAUCGGCACCUGGCGUUCGUGGGGCGGCAGUCGUGGCCAGGGCUCGCUCGACAUCAAGGACAUUGUAUGGCCCGGUUACUCUCAUCUCCCGCCCGAAGGCGUCCCCGAGAAGUUCCACCUGCGCGUGGCCUUCAUGGAGGACUCCCCCUACGUCAUGAUGGAUCCGCCCGACCCGAUCUCCGGAACGUGCGCCGCCAACAAGGGCGUCCUUUGCAGGGUCGCGAACGAGUCCGUGGUGGAAGGCCUGAACCUGACGGAGGCGAUGCGGGACCCCGACAUCUACCGCUGCUGCUCAGGCUUCUGCAUCGACCUGCUGGAGAAGUUUGCAGACGACCUGGGCUUCACCUACGACCUCUUCCGCACCGAGGACGGCCUCUGGGGCGCGCUAGUGAAUGAGGGCGGCAAGAAACGCUGGAAUGGCCUGCCCGGCGUGCUGAUCAACAAGAAGGCGGACAUGGUGAUGACCUCGUUCAAGAUCAACUCGUACCGGCAGACGGCGGUCGACUUCACCGUGCCGUUCCUGGACACCGGCAUCUCCAUCGUCGUGUCCAAGAGGACCGGCAUCAUCUCACCCACGGCGUUCCUCGAGCCAUUUGACACGGCCUCGUGGCUUCUCGUGUCGCUGAUGGCCAUACAGGCGGCCGCUGCGGCCAUCUUCGUCUUCGAGUGGCUCUCACCAAUCGGAUACGACAUGAAGAUGGCGCCACCGUCCGACUACAAGUUCUCGCUGUUCCGGACGCUCUGGAUGGUCUGGGCCAUCCUGUUUCAGGCCGCUGUGGAGCUGGACGUGCCCCGAGGGUACACGGCCAGGUUCAUGGCCAACGUCUGGGCGCUGUUUGCGCUUAUCUUCCUCGCCAUCUACACCGCCAACUUAGCAGCGUUCAUGAUCACGCGCGAGGAGUACUACAACCUCGACGGCAUCGACGACGAACGGCUGCGGGACCCGCGCUGGAAGGACCCCCACUUCCGGUUCGGCACCGUACUGCACGGCAACACGGAUGCCCUCCUCAAGCAGAACUUCCCAGAGAUGCACCAUUACAUGCUCAAGUUCAACAAGAGCAGCGUCGUGGAGGGCAUCAAGGCAGUGAAGCGCGGUGAACUGGACGCCUUCAUUUAUGACUCCACCGUGCUGGAAUACCACAGCGGGCAGGACGACGAGUGUCGCCUGCUGACGGUCGGGCAGUGGUACGCCAUGACAGGGUACGGCGUUGGCUUUCCACGCAACAGCAAAUAUAUUGACGUGUUCAACGAGCGAAUCAUGAACUACAGACAAAAUGGGGAUCUGGAACGGCUUCAUCGGUUCUGGUUCACGGGCGCCUGCCGGCCGAACCAGCAGAAGAAGAGCAGCAGCAACCCGCUGACGCUGGACCAGUUCCUGUCCACCUUCCUGCUGCUCGGCUGCGGCAUUCUGCUGUCGGGCGUUCUGCUCGGCUGCGAGUUCCUCUACUUCAGGUACAUCCGGCCGCGGUUAGCCCGCGUCGACAAGGUGGGCGGCUGCUGCUCCCUCGUCUCGCUCAGCAUGGGUCGCUCCCUCAACUUCCGCGGCGUCGUCCUGGAGGCGCAGAACACCAUGAAGCAGCUGCGCCGGUGCCGGGACCCGGCGUGCGACACGCACCUCUGGCGGGUGAAACACGAACUGCGGCUGGCCCAGGCGCGACUGGCCGAGCUGGAGCACCAGUGCAGCUCCCACGGCCUGAGCAUCGCUGGCGCCGAGCCCGGCCGGGCUCGGCCUAACGACAUCAUGGACGGCGGCCAAGUGCGGCAGGGUACCCCCCUGUACCCCAGCGGAAGGGCGCCCUACUUGUACUCGAGGCCGAGGUCAGAGGCCCGGGAGGUGGCGGAGCUCGAGACGGUGCUGUGAGCGGGCCGGUAUGUUCAGAGACCCGCACUGAGCUCCUGAGGAGCGGUGGUCUUCAGACAGAGGCUCAGUCAGCCUUCCACGGCCUCGUGAAGAGCGGCGGACACCGGGCAGUGCCGCGACCUGACGACCGUGGGCCUCCCCAACGGCGGAGCGCACCCGGCGG